CACAAUCUCGUCAUGCCCAUUAUAGCUUAGCACCAAGCAUCACCGCACUCCGACCACGUCCUCGAUCCACAAUCUCUGCGCAAUCCACGCCCUACCUCCGCCCGGGAUGCGCAUCCCGUCGUCGGUUUCGAUGGCGUCGGGGCCAGUUGACGUCACCGCCCCAAUCUCGCUGGUCCAUGGCCGAUGCCAUUCUCGCACACUUGCAGGCGCAGCCGACUUCCCACGCCCCCACCCCUCUAGAUCACUGGCUGUGUCAUGUUCAUCGCCAAUGACGACCACGAGACGUGACGCGCCCAGCUCAAGACUCUUAAGGCGCGAGUGUUGACAUUUAUUUGACUUCGCCCUAUCGCCCCCCCACUCACCCCAAAACUCACCAUGCCCGACAAGAUCCACCUUGCGCAGUACAUCGUCGAGCGUCUCAAGCAGGCUGGCGUUCAGUCGGUCUUCGGCGUCCCCGGUGACUACAAUCUCGAGCUACUGGACUACUUCGAAUCGGACCCGGUCCUCACCUGGGUCGGCAACGCCAACGAGCUGAACGCCGCUUACGCAGCGGACGGGUACGCUCGCACGCGCCCGGGUCUGGCAGUGCUGGUGACGACGUUUGGCGUCGGCGAGCUCUCCGCCCUCAACGGUAUCGCCGGCUGCCUGGCUGAGCGCAUCCCAGUUCUCCACAUCGUCGGCGCACCCAGCACCGCGAUGCAGAAGAAUCAGGCGCUCCUUCACCACACCCUCAAUACUCCUGGCUCGUUCGACACGUUCAGCAAGAUGAGCGCGCCGCUGUCAUGUGCCCAGGCGCUGCUCAGCCAGGUCGCGCCCGAGGCCGACACGAGCUACAGCGACGCGUUCGACGAGGCCCUUAGAGCCUGCCUCACCCAGUGUCGUCCUGCCUACGUCGAGCUGCCCAUGGACGUGGUGCGAAGCAAGGUGUCCGCAAAGGGGCUUGAGAACCCGCUCCCCCAGCCCUCCACUGCGCCCCCCUUCGAGGAUAUCCUCCUCCCCGCCAAGCCCGGAAGUGCGGCCCCCACCAACCAGCUCUUCCAGAGCACCGACGACCACUUUGACGCGCCCUCCGAGGUCGUCACCGAGCACGUCGUUAAGCUCAUCACUCAGAUGUACGAGAAGGCGAAGCGCCCCGCAGUGCUGGUGGACGCAUGUGCCGCACGCUUUGGCGUCGGUAGCCUCGUGCGCGAUCUUGUUGAGAAGUGCGGCAUCCGCUUCUUCACUACGCCCAUGGGCAAGGGCAUCCUCGACGAGCGCCACCCCCUCUUUGGUGGAUGCUAUGCGGGCUCCAACUCGCUCGACCCCGUCAAGGAGGAACUCGAGGCGAGCGACUUUGUGCUGUAUGUCGGCGCGCUCAAGUCCGACUUCAACUCUGGCUCGUUCACCGUCGGCAUUCCGACCGAGCACGCCGUGCGCCUGCACAGCUUCACCACGAACGUGGGCUACGCCGCGUAUCCGACCACGGACAUCCGCCAUGUCCUGCCCCUACUCCUGCCCGCGUUCCAGAAGAUCAAGAGCCCGGCCGCGAAGCGCGACGACCUCGCGGAGAAGGUCAAGGUCGGCCGCGUGAUGGCGCCCAAGGACAAGCCUGACGAGGCGGGCGGCGAGAUCGUGCACGCGUGGCUGUGGCAGCGCAUGGCCGGCUGGUUCAAGAACAACGACGUCAUCAUCACCGAGACGGGCACGAGCUCGUUCGGCCUCCUCCCCGUGCCCCUGCCCAGCAAGUGCACGUACGUCACCCAAGUGCUUUGGGGCAGCAUCGGGUGGAGUGUCGGUGCGGCGCUGGGUUGCGCGCUCGCUGCGGCCGAGCUCGGCGGACGCCGCACAGUACUGUUUGUCGGCGACGGCUCGUUCCAGCUCACCGCGCAGGAGCUCGGCACCAUCGUGCGCCGCGGCGUGCCCGCGUACAUCUUCAUCCUGAACAACGACGGCUACGAGAUCGAGCGCCGCAUCCACGGCAAGUACGCUAGAUACAACGACAUCCAGACGUACGACCUGCAGCAGGCGCUGCCGUUCCUCGGCGGACAGAAGCCCAACAUUGCAUACGAGAGCUUCAAGGUCACCACGCAGGGCGAGCUGGAUGGUCUGCUGAAGGACCCCGCGUUCGGCAAGGCCGACAAGGUCCGUCUCAUUGAGCUUGUCAUGCCGCGCGACGACGCGCCCGCGGGCCUGAUCAAGCAGGCUGAGCUCACGGCCAAGGCCAAUGCGGAGUAGUG